GCUGAAUGCAGAGCUAACAGACUUGGUAGUUCUUACUAGAGUCCAUUUGCAGUAUGAGACACACUUGAUAAGCUUGACAACAUGGAUAGGACAAACUGAAUACUUUUAAGGAACGUGAAAUUAUCUUUCCUUUAGAAUCUCACUUUAGAGGCAUAAACGUAACUCGAGACAAAAUAUUCCAGAUUUAUUGUGUGUGCUGAUAUCUGACAGAGUGGAGCGAUGGAGAUCGAGUCUAUGGCAGCGAACACUGCACUGAUCAAGGCUAGAGAAGGUGGUCGUGGCAAACACAAAGGAAGAAGCAGGAGAUGGAAAGAGCUGCUGCGAUUUCCUCACAUUAACGAGUGUGCUGAGCUGGAACGCACUAUCGAACGAGACUACUAUAGCCUGUGUGUGGAACAGCCUAUAGGGAAGGCAUUAUUCCAACUCUACUGUGAGACAAAACCAGAGCUGAAAUGCUGCAUGGACUUCCUGGAUGCGACGGAAGAGCAUGAGGUCAUACCAGCCGAGAAAUGGAAGAGCUAUGGGAAUGAAAUUAUUUCAAAGUAUCUCAACACAGAGUCUCCUCAACUUGUGCAGGAGAUACCAGAUAACCAUCGGGAGAUAUGCAAGAAGAACCUGGAGCUCAACAGUUCUUACAGUCCCUUCAGCGACUGCAGAAAGGCGCUACAUGACUAUUUAAGCGGAGCGCCUUUCAAAGAUUAUCAGAAGAGCAUGUAUUUUGACCGUUUCCUGCAGUGGAAGAUGGUUGAAAGAAAACCAGUCACGAGGAACAUGUUUCGAGAGUACCGGGUUUUAGGAAAGGGCGGCUUUGGGGAGGUCUGUGCGUGCCAAGUUCGGGCAUCCGGCAAAAUGUACGCCUGUAAGAAGCUGGAAAAGAAGCGCAUCAAGAAGCAGAAGGCAGAAAUUUUGGCACUCAAUGAGAAGCAAAUCCUGGAGAAAGUCAACAGCAGAUUUGUGGUCAGUUUAGCUUACGCGUAUGAGACCAAGGAAGCUCUCUGCCUGGUGCUGACGCUGAUGAAUGGAGGAGAUCUGACGUUUCACAUAUACAAGAUGGGCAUUACAGGAUUUAGCAAGGACAGGGUGCAGUUUUAUGCAGCUCAGGUCCUUUGUGGCCUGGAUCAUCUUCACCAAAACAAUGUUAUUUACCGGGAUUUAAAGCCUGAAAACAUCCUCUUGGAUGAUAACGGCCACAUACGCAUAUCUGACCUGGGCUUGUCCGUAAUCGUUAAAGAAGGAAAGCACAUUCGUGGCAAAGUGGGAACGUCUGGAUACAUGGCUCCAGAGGUCAUUAGUGACAAGCACUACGGUGUCAGUGUCGACUGGUGGGGACUCGGCUGUCUCAUCUACGAGAUGACCGCGGCGUCUCUUCCGUUCCGCGAGCGCCACGAGCGGCUGCACCGGAAAGAGCUUGAGAAAAGAGUGCUCGAGACCAGAGAGGACUACGGGGUCCGGUUCACAUGGGACACGAAAGACAUCUGCCAAGCGCUCUUGGCCAAAAAUCCAGAGGAAAGACUGGGAUGCGGCAUUGGUGGUGCGAACGACAUAAAAAAUAACGUGUUCUUCAAGGACAUCAACUUCAGGCGGUUAGAGGCUGGAAUGCUGGAGCCACCUUUUGUGCCAAAUCCAAAAGCCGUGUACUGCCAUGACGUUGUGGAUAUCGACCAAUUCUCCACAGUGAAGGGAGUCAACCUUGAUGUGACAGAUGAAGACUUUUACACCAAGUUCUGCACGGGCAGCAUGACCAUCCCAUGGCAAAAUGAGAUGAUUGAGGCGGAGUGCUUUAAAGAUCUGAACGUAUUCGGCCCCAAAGGCACGAGGACGCCAGAUCUUGAUCGUACAAUUCCGGUUGGCCAGAGCCCCAGUUCUCACCACAAGAGCACGCACCAACCAAAGACAAGCUCCCGACGCAGGCUGAUUGAUAAAAUCUUUAAAAGACAUACCUGUGACGAGGCCACAGAGCAGAAGAGCAGACCAUCGAGGAAGAGUUCUGAUGAGCUUCAAACGAACUUAUUAGACUCUAUAUCGGAUGACUUGUAAAUACAGCGUCUAUAAAUAGAUACCGUUUCGACGGAGAUGUACUAAAGGUUCGUGUAGCUGUAAGGACUUGUGCCUAGUGCUUAACUUUUUAACUAGGAUUUAAACUAGCAGGAUUGAUGCUGCGUUUUACAGAUCGUUGUCACAGUGUGAAGGAGUGAAUAUGUGCCUUACUUUAUGAUUAAUUUGACAUUUUCCAUGUGUUUUAUACUGUUACGUCUUAUCUAAAUACACAACUGAAAAUCAGUGAAAUCA